AUGUCCAACUGUUCAAAGUGCAAGGACACACUAAUUUCGGAAGACGAAAUUGUUUGUUCUGAGUGCGAUAGCAAAUACCACUUCACUUGUGGUGGUCUAAAUACGCUAUCUUUCCAAAAACUUUCUAAAAAUACAAAAAACAGAUGGGUCUGCAACGUAUGCAAAUACAAAUGGGACAUCUCAAAGAAAAAUAUGGAUACCAAAUCAACAGAUUUCACAUUACAAGACCUUGCCAAUUCAGUUAAAUUUAUGAGUGAAAAAUUCGAUGAUUUCAACGGUACUGUAAAUAAAUUACUUGAAGAAAUGAAAGAAAUACGUAAAAAGAACACACAACUUUAUGAAAACAACAAGAGGCUUUCUCAAGAUAUUGAGAAUCUCAAAUAUCGUUUAGAUAGCAUUGAACAAAAUAAUCUUGAUGCAACAAUAGAAAUUAUUGGUAUACCUAAGGUAACCAAUGAGAAAUGUACAGAUACAGUGACAAAGCUUGCGACAAUAUUAAACACAGUCAUAACCGUAGAGGAAGCUUAUCGUGUUCCUAUUACGAUAAAUGGUGAACAUAAAAUUAUAGCCCGUCUUGCAAAGCCAGGUAUGAAAAAUGCCAUAAUCGCUAACUGUAAACAAAAUAAAACACUAAAACUAUCCAACAUUAAUCCCGAGUUGUCUAAUGAUAAGCGCCUAUAUAUAAAUCAACAUCUCACUAAACAUAAAAAACAAUUACAUGGUAAAGCCAGGCCACAGCAAAAGAAAAAGUUUACAAAUACAUAUGGAUCAACCAAGACGCAGAGAUUUUAA